AUGAAAGCCUUCACCGCCGCUAUUGCGGCCGCCUCAGCGAUCUCUGCGGUAACAGCUGACGACUUCAACAUUCUGCAGCAUGUUGGAGGAAACGGUCAAUGGUUUCCUGGUCCCGAGGUGACGGGCAUCUCGUCUGAGGUGCCUGCUGGAUGCAAAGUCGAGCUGGCUGCCUUCUUCUCUCGGCAUGGCAGCCGCUACCCCGAUAAUGGUGCCUACAACGAGUGGAAGGAUCUCUACUCUCGUAUUGAAGCCGCAUCAAACCUUACGAUUACUGAAGAAAGCCUUAAAUUCCUGAAGACCUGGAAGCCGGUGCUCUCUGACCCAUCGAACCAGAUUGGUCAAAUCUCGACCACAGGCUAUAAGGAGCUCGCUUCGAUGGGCUCAAACUGGCGCCUCCGCUAUCCUGAUUUGUAUGAUUACAACACUCCGUUCACCAUGUGGGCCAACUACUACAAGUCCGGUCCUCGAGUUCGGGAUAGCGCACGCAUGUUUACUCACGGCUUUCUGGGCCCCAAUGCGACUGAUCUAGGUACUAUUUAUGCGCUGAAUAGUAGCGAUCCCAGAUCCUGGGGCAACUCGCUGGCUACUAGCGAUCUAUGCGAGGCGUACAAUGACGAGGGUGGCAGUCCCUACAAAGAUGUCUGGGACAGUAUCUACCUGCCACCGAUCCGCGCCCGACUCAAUGCCGGCAUCCGGGGCGACUUCAAUCUCACCCAGUGGGAUGUGUCUAUCAUCCCAUACCUGUGUGGUUUCGAGACCCAGAUCACUGGUCGGCGUAGCGCCUUCUGUGAUGUUUUCACUGAAGAGGAAGCCCUUCAGUACGAGUACGCUCAAGAUCUUCGCUACUGGUAUGGAAACGGCCUGGGAUCAGACAUCGAGAAGUACAUCAUGCUGCCGGUCAUCGAUGGCCUGGUUCAACGGUUCGUCGACGGGCCCAAUGCAACGUACCAGACUGGUAACGGCACAUUCGUCCCUCCCAAGAUCAUUGCGUCAUUCUCCAACGAUGGCCAGAUUAACCAGCUCAUCGCGGGAAUCGGCGUCUUCGACAACGAGCCUCAGCUUCCUGCUAACAGGAUGCUACGAAACCGGAAGUUCAGAGCCAGUCGUCUUGUACCCAUGCGCGGCACCGUCGCUUUCGAGCGCUUGUCGUGCCCUGCUGCUUCGACUGGCUAUUCCACUGGCAACUCAACAAGCGACGCGUACAUGCGCAUUCGCCUUAACGAAGUCACGUACCCGGUGGUCAACUGUUCCAGUGGUCCUGGAUCCUCUUGUCCGUUGUCGCAGUACCAGAGCAUCAUCAAGAGCAAGAUCGUUGCUGUCGGUGACUUUACCAAGGUGUGUAACACGACUGAUUCGACUUUCACUGCGAAGCCGUUUGCGACGUUCUUCAAGGACAACACACUGUCGUAUCAGAGUAUUGUAAAGCCGUGA